CGGUCCGCCGGGGCGAGAUCCCUGGGCAACCAGGGCAGUGAAAACACGUCAAGUCUGAAAAGUGUCACUAGAGUGCUCCUCCAAUAUAUCUAGUGAUGCAAGCUGUGCGUCGAAGCCCACCAUCAGUUCGAAGGAAGCAGUGGGCAAUGACAUCAUUUCUGUUACAGAUAGUGAGGGAGAUGGGCGGGAAAAGAAAAAGAAAAGAAAAAGAGGGGAAAAAAAAGAAGAGACGAAAAGGAAAGAAGGUAAUAGGGGGGCCAAGGGCGAUCUGGGUGGCGGUGGCUGUCUGUAUCCCGCUAUGUGCCCACCGGAAUUGCUCCGUCCCUCAGCACAUAUGUACGGAGGUAUCUACCGGUACACGUGUACUUCGUGGGCCCGAGACCGGGUACCCCUGAAGAUUUGUCGGGGAGGUCAAUAUCACUAACACAUCC